AUGAAUAGCUAUAUUUAUACAGGAAAAUUUUCCGAUAUUAGUAAAGCUAACCUUCUCGACAUUUUGAUUGCAGCAGAUGAAAUUGGAUUAUUUGAAAUUAGUCAACAAGCUGAAAAACGCUUGCUAAGAACCGAAUCAGCUUUGAAAUUUCCAAAAGAUUUUGUUACAAUAU